GGGGCUGGGUCAGGCACAGGAACCCCACGAGAAAAUUCCCCCGGAUGAUUGCAACACCCCGCGGAGGAGCUGCAAUGCUCAUGGCCGGCAAAGAACAUCAGAGGAUGCUUGCAUAGAUGUUUCUGUCGUUGCAAUAGAAUGCUACCAGUAAGAAACCUGCACCAGUGGCAAGGGUGGAGCCAGUUCCCAUGGUGCUGCUUGACCUAUUAAAGCUGCUGAGAGGAGCUGAUACACCAGUGAACACCCACAGAACGACCAUCCCUCUGUUACCAGCUGCCUUCCUGAAGAGUGCAGCAUGACAGAGCUCCACGAAGCUGUGGCUGUGGGCGACUAUGACUGGGUGAAAGAGAUUUUGAAGGCAGGGCGCUGUGACCCAAACCAGAAGGAUGUUGACUGGCAUGACAGGACCCCCCUGCACUGGGCUGCUGCCAAAGGGCGGUCGGACUUGGUCAGGCUCCUGGUGGAUCACGGUGCCCGGCACUGCCUGCGGAGCGAUGUGGGCUGGACCGCGGCUCACUUCGCUGCCGAGGCGGGGAAGCUGCGGGUGCUCCGCGCCCUCCACUCCCUGCACGCUGCUAUGGAUGCCGCCGACCUCUUCGGAGACACUCCCCGGAGGUUCGCGGAGAUCUACGGACACCGGGAGUGCUCCAAAUUCUUGGAAAAGCGUUGCCAGCUGCAUGAACUGCCUGCCUGGGAUGGGCCACUGAAUUGUGCUGAAGACUGCACCCACGUGGAAAUAUUACAUGUAUCAACAUGGAAAUAUUAUUAACAUGCAAAUAUUAGGAAUAUUCCGCUGCUGAGUAUCAGUACCACUCACUGAGGUUUGCAUGAACAUGCAAAAGUUAGGAAACAGCUGCUUUCAAAACAGCUGCUUCUGAAUAGCAAAUGCAUAUUUUGCAUUAGAUUUGGCCUGCAUGAGAAGGGCUUUACUCUUGAUGCUAUGAGACCUGCCAAGAAUGGCACAGAGACCCUCAGCCUGUGUCUGCUGCCAACCUAAGGGUCCUGCUGUCUAAGACCAGGGCAUAUAUAUACUCACAUGUAAAUAAAUAAAUAAAUAAAUGUUUUUAUUUAAAAGUUUCUAGAACAAGGUUUCUUGCCCUUGGGAGCAGACACUUAAUAGAAGACAAUAGGGUAGUUCAGUUAGAAGGGACCUACUGCUAGUCCUAUGGCCUGACCACUUCAGGACUGACCAGAAUUUAGAGCAUCUUAUGAAGGGCAUUUUCCAAAUGUCUCAUAAGCACUAGCAGCCAUGGGGCAUCAACCACCACUCUCAAACACAGGCUAUACCUUAGAGCACCUUUCAGUACCUGAAGAGAGCCUACAAGACAGCUGGAGAGGGACUUUGGACAAGGGCAUGGACAAAAGGGAAUGGCCUGGGUAGGUAGGAUUAGAUAUAUUAGGAAUAAAUUAUUGACUGUGAGGGUGGUGAGGCCCUGGCACAGGUUGUCCAGAGGAGCUGUGGCUGCCCCAUCCCUGGAAGUGUUCAAGGCCAAGCUGGACAGGGCUUGGAGAAGCCAGGUGUAGAGAAAGGUGUCCCUGUCCAUGGCAGAAGGUAUGGAAUGAGAUAAUGUCUAAGGUCCCUUCCAACCCAAAGCAUUCUGUGAUUCUAUGACAUAGAAAGCCCAUGGUCCAUGUGAUGAAAUCCAUCAAUAUGGAGCUGCUGGCUUUGCUCUGUGUUGUCAGCAUUGCACCCAUAUGACAGAAAUAUUCUAUUACAGAAAAAAAGGAUUUUUCCUGAUACAAAAUCAGAGCCCAGCAGGAGGAAGAAAGACUUUGUCUUCUCCUGGGCAAGGUUUACACAUGGAAUGUCCAUGUCUGGAUCCAGGCAGUGCUGGGGCUCAGGGGGGUCCCUGGGAGGGGAGGUUGGGGCUGUACCACGCUGGGCACACUGUGGUGUUUCUCAAGUGUUGGUGGCAUCAGGGUUUUGACCAGACCAAGACACAAGCCCUGACCCUGUGGAUGGGCCCCUGUGAACAGAGAUGUGUGUGUGCUGUGCUCACUCUCGGUUUCUCUCCCAGAGCAGAGGUGGAGAGCAGGAACUACCGCAGGGAAGCUGAACUGAGAAAAAUCCCCUUAGACCAGAGAGAUGAAGACUGGGAACUCAA